GCUUCCGGUGGCGGCUGGCGGAGCGGUUCCGUGUCCAUGGCGCGGUCCUUGAAACUGGUGUGGGCUUCCCUUCAGCGUCAAAGGUUCCACACCGCUGGGAGUCGCUACAAGAGCCGGACUGGCGCUGAGCACCUGUGGCUGAUGCGGCAUUUGAGGGACCCGUUUGUGAAAGCUGCGAAGGUGGAAAGUUACCGAUGUCGAAGCGCCUUCAAGCUCCUGGAAAUGAACGAGAGGCACCAGAUCCUACGGCCCGGCCUCCGGGUGUUAGACUGUGGGGCUGCUCCUGGCGCGUGGAGCCAGGUGGCCGUGCAGAGAGUCAAUGCUGCGGGCACAGACCCCAGUGCUCCUGUUGGCUUUGUGCUUGGGGUAGAUCUUCUCCACAUAUUCCCCCUGGAAGGAGCAACGUUUCUGUGCCCUGCUGAUGUGACUGACCCUAGAACCUUCCGGAAAAUCCAAGAGCUGCUUCCUGGUGGGAGAGCAGAUGUGAUCCUGAGUGACAUGGCACCCAACGCCACGGGGAUCCGCAGCCUCGACCACGACAGGCUCAUUAGUUUGUGCUUGUCCCUUCUGGACAUGGUUCCAGAGGUCCUGCACCCCAGGGGGACUUUCCUCUGUAAAACCUGGGCUGGAAGUCAGAGUCAUCGGUUACAGAAGAGACUGACUGAGGAAUUUCAGAACACAAGGACUGUAAAGCCCGAGGCCAGCAGGAGAGAGUCGUCAGAGGUGUACCUCCUGGCCACACAGUACCGGGGAAAGCCUGCCGGUCUGUGAAGGCCUGAGCGCCUGUUCCGCUGUUCCGGCUCUUCACUGCAGACGCAGCUUGAGCUCUGUCCUGAAGCGUGGCUGGGGAGGUUCGAGCUGGAUCUAGGAUGCAGCAUGCAGAGCACACGGGGGACCUGUUUUUAAGACAAAACUCUAGUCACUGUUCACGAUAUAUGACUAUAUGUUAAAAAACAUGAUCGCUGUAAUACGAUUUGUGAAGAGGAGUUACUGUGAGAAAGAGACAAAAGGAUGAAGACUGGGAUGCAUAAAAACACUGAGGCCGAGAAACACACCUUUACAGAAUUUUCUCACCACGUUUAGUACGUUACAGAGGAACUGGCUUCCACCAUCGCUGCAAAACCAUCCCCAGGUUUCCAGGUGUUCUUUUGGAUAUACAGUGUAAUGUGGAAAAAUCUGAAGCUGCAGUCUGGGGAUUUGUUUCCAUCUCUGUGGUGAAUGAUCCGGAAAUACUUCAAGCAGUGAGAGCUCCUUAGGGAAGACAUUUGCUAUGAAUUAUGGAUGGGGGGGUGGGCAGUGUGAAACUGGGAAUGUUUCUAUAACACGCCAGGCUCCAGAGACUUAAAGGUAAUAACCAAAGUAAGCAGACACAUGGUGUCUACUUCCUUUUACUCUCUUCCAGGAUUUCCAUACUUAAAAAAAAAUUGGUUUCUUUGAAACCAUUUUCCGGAGGAGUGGUCAUCCCUUGAGUAUAUUGACUGUUAUGAUGAUUAAAUCUUGCCUAUUGAAAACAA